AUGAAACCAUCUUUUGCAAGACCUGAAUUGAAGAAUCAAACUGGCAACAACAAAACCUAUAAAAGCGUAAUAGGAUGUCUAGAUGGAACUGUUCCUAUAUUAAGAAAUACAAAAGAAUUCAACGUAAACUCACAAUUUUUCGCUGAAAAAUAUUUUCAUCCGCUAUUAGCCGAUAGCCCUGGAACCCAUAUUGCUGGGGUGAGGUCACUUAAUGGUCCAUUUCAUGGUGUAGAAGCUCUGUUUGAUGCAUAUAACCAAUUCAUCGAACCAGAUCAAGCCUCGUAUAGUCAAAUUUAUAUAGGCAGUGGAUUGAAUAACCAAGUCAAUUUUAUUUCCGCGGGAUUUAUGAUAAAUCCAAGUUUUUUUCGUGACGGACGUAUUUGGUCAUAUGGAUUUUGGAAGGGUAAAGAUGGAAAAGGAUGUUACAAUACGGCGUGUUCAGGAUUUGUUCAAGUAUCGAGUGAGAUUCCAAUAGUCAAACCGAUUGAUAACCUUAAGCCAGGGGAACCAGUCUGGUGGCGUUGCUCCGUCCAUCAGGAUAAAAACACAGGAAAUUGGUGGAUUACACAGCUGAUACCAAAUGCACCUUAUAAAGUAGAUAUCGGCUAUUGGCCAAAAGAGUUAUUUAAUCUUUUAAAUAAUGGUUCAAAUAUGGCAGGAGUUGGUGGUGUGGUUCAAGCUUCGCGUUCUAAUUCAAGUCCUCAGAUGGGUAAUGGUAAAUAUCCAGAUAAACGCUAUAAAAAUACAGCAAUUUUUGCAAAUAUUGAAGUGUUGGAUUCUAACUAUAAACAGCGUAGAUGGGAUUAUUUUCCUUGGGAGGAAUUGCUAGAUUGUAGCAAAUUUUAUAGAAUAUCAUAUGGUUAUGAAGCUUAUUUAUAUGAGCAUACUCAAUUUGGUUUCUACUUUAAUUAUGGUGGUCCGGGAGGAAACACUUGUGGAAUUUAA